AUGUUGGUUGCCACAAUGCUGUCCCUUCGCACCGCUGUGCGGAGAGCUUCCAGCAAGCCCCUCCGAUCGUUCUCCGCACCGCUCACCCUGCGAGCCGGCCUGCCCGCUCGUACGAAGGUGUCGACCUCGUUCCAGAGCCGACCCUAUUCCCGCGCCACCGAGCCUCAUCUGGCCUCCACCCGCAGCACGGUCGUCCAGUUGCUGAGCAACAUCGGCUCGAAGCGAGAGGUGCAGCAGUACCUGUCCCACUUUACCUCCGUGUCUUCCCAGCAGUUCGCUGUCAUUAAGGUUGGCGGUGCUAUCAUUACCGAGCACCUUCAGACCCUCUCCUCCGCUCUCGCGUUCCUCAACCAUGUCGGUCUGUACCCCAUCGUCGUCCAUGGCGCCGGACCCCAACUCAACCGCAUGUUGGAGGAGGCCGGUGUGGAGCCCGAGUUCGAGGAUGGAAUCCGCGUGACGGAUGGUAAGACUCUGUCGCUUGCGAGGAAGCUCUUCCUCGAGGAGAACAUGAAGCUGGUGGAAGAACUUGAGCGGAUGGGCGUGCGUGCCCGCCCGAUCACGGCCGGUGUGUUCUCGGCCGACUACCUCGACAAGCCCAAGUACAACCUAGUCGGCAAGAUCAACGGCGUGGAAAGGAAGCCCAUUGAAUCGGCCAUUGCGGCGGGCUGUCUGCCCAUCCUGACUUCCAUGGCUGAGACCCAGGACGGCCAAGUCCUCAACGUCAAUGCGGACGUGGCUGCUGGUGAGCUGGCCCGUGCUCUGCAGCCGCUGAAGAUCGUUUACCUGGCUGAGAAGGGUGGUCUCUUCAAUGGUGAUACCGGCGAGAAGAUCUCUGCUAUCAACCUCGACGAGGAAUACGACCACUUGAUGAGUCAGUGGUGGGUGCGCCACGGCACUCGCUUGAAGAUCAAGGAGUUGAAGGAGCUCCUCAGCGAUCUGCCCCGUUCAUCCAGUGUAGCCAUCAUUCACCCUGCCGACCUGCAGAAGGAGCUUUUCACCGAUUCUGGUGCUGGUACUCUGAUUCGCCGCGGUAACAAGAUUCACGUGAAGUCCUCCCUGUCGGAGUUCCAGGACCUGCAGGCCCUGAAGGAUGUGCUGGUCCGGGACCGCGAGGGUCUAGAUGCUCGUGCGGUGGUCGAUCGCUAUGUCGAAGGCCUGAAGGAGCACGACUUCAAGAUCUACUACGAUGAGCCUAUGGAGGCCCUGGCUGUUGUGCUGCCCCCGCAACAGGGCUCUCUGAUGGCCCACUUGGCGACUUUCACCAUCACUAAGGCGGGCUGGCUCACCAACGUCGCCGACAACGUGUUUGCCAGCUUUAAGAAGGAUUUCCCCAAGCUGGCGUGGACCGUGAAGGAGGACGAUGAGAACCUGACGUGGUUCUUCGACAAGGCUGAUGGCAGCUUGAGCCACGAUGGUCACGUUCUGUUCUGGUAUGGCGUGGAGAAUGGCGACGAAGUCAAGCAGCUGGUUCAGGAGUUCACCAGGCACGGUCGGCAAAUGUUCGGUGACAUCAAUCUCGAGUCGCGCCUCCACCGUGCUGCCCAAGCCGCCUCGCAUGUCUCGAAGGGCUUUGGCGCGAGCGCUGCCUCGGCUGAGCAGAGGCGUGCGUUUUCCUCGACGACCAAUGCUCUGCGCACCGCCAGGGCCAAGCGUCCCGCGGUCGCUGUCAACUCAUUCCGGACGUACGCGACCACCAACCCCAACCCCCCUCUCGGUGAGAAGAACGCCUCCAACGCCCAGCCUGCCAAGGUGGCCCUUAUUGGUGCCCGUGGUUACACUGGACAGGCCCUGAUCAAUCUGCUGAAUGCCCACCCCAACAUGGAUCUCCGCCACGUUUCGUCGCGUGAGCUGGCGGGCAAGAAGCUCCAGGGCUACAACAAGCGGGAGAUCAUCUACGAGAACCUGAGCCCGGAUGACGUCCGCAAGAUGUCCACCAACGGUGACAUCGAUUGCUGGGUUAUGGCCCUGCCGAACGGCAUCUGCAAGCCUUUCGUCGAUGCCGUCGACGAGGGUUCGGACAAGGGGAAUGUGAUUGUGGACUUGAGUGCCGACUACCGCUUCGACCCUAACUGGACAUACGGUCUCCCGGAGUUGGUCAACCGAUCCACGAUUGCCCAGGCCAAGCGCAUUUCGAACCCCGGCUGCUAUGCCACCGCAGCCCAGCUCGGCAUUUCGCCUCUCGUCCCUUUCCUCGGUGGUCAGCCUACCGCCUUCGGUGUCUCCGGAUACUCGGGCGCCGGUACCAAGCCGAGCCCCAAGAACGACGUGCAAUUCCUCACCAACAACCUCAUCCCUUACAGUCUGACCAGCCACAUCCACGAGCGGGAGAUUAGCGCGCAGCUGGACACCAGCGUUGCGUUCAUCCCUCACGUGGCUGUCUGGUUUCAGGGCAUCCACCACACCAUCAGCAUCCCGCUGAAGGAGGAGAUGACCUCCCGCGACAUCCGUAACAUCUACCAGGACCGCUAUGCCGGCGAGAAGCUCGUCAAGAUCGUGGGCGAGGCCCCUCUUGUCAAGGACAUUGCCGGCCGCCACGGCGUGGACAUCGGUGGAUUUGCUGUCGACUCUACCGGCAAGCGGGUCGUUGUCUGUGCCACCAUCGACAACCUGCUGAAGGGUGCCGCCACUCAGUGCCUGCAGAACAUGAACCUGGCGCUGGGCUACUCGGAGUAUGAGGGUAUUCCAUUGGAGUAA